UUUUGACAAUUGCAGCGAGCAGUAAGCAAAAAAUAAAAAAUAAAAACCCAAACGAAAAGUAUAUAAUAUUUAAUUAGUUGGUGAUAAAAGUAAAAUAUAGAGAACAUUCUCGAAAGUUACAAGAAAACAAUAAUCCAACAUGCAGAUCUUUGUGAAGACCUUGACUGGCAAGACCAUCACCUUGGAGGUGGAGCCUUCCGAUACGAUUGAGAAUGUGAAGGCUAAGAUUCAGGAUAAGGAGGGUAUUCCCCCAGACCAGCAGCGAUUGAUCUUCGCCGGAAAGCAGCUCGAAGAUGGACGCACCCUGUCCGACUACAACAUCCAGAAGGAAUCUACCCUUCAUUUGGUGCUGCGUCUCCGUGGUGGUAUGCAAAUCUUCGUUAAGACUUUGACCGGAAAGACCAUCACUCUGGAGGUCGAACCCUCUGAUACCAUCGAGAAUGUGAAGGCUAAAAUCCAAGACAAGGAGGGUAUCCCCCCAGAUCAGCAGCGUUUGAUCUUCGCCGGCAAGCAGCUUGAGGACGGACGCACUCUUUCUGACUACAACAUCCAGAAGGAGUCCACUUUGCACUUGGUGCUCCGUCUUCGUGGUGGUAUGCAGAUCUUCGUGAAGACCUUGACUGGCAAGACCAUCACUUUGGAGGUGGAACCUUCCGAUACGAUUGAAAAUGUGAAGGCCAAGAUCCAGGAUAAGGAGGGAAUUCCCCCAGAUCAGCAGCGUUUGAUCUUCGCUGGCAAGCAAUUGGAGGACGGACGCACCCUGUCCGAUUAUAACAUCCAGAAGGAAUCCACCCUGCACUUGGUGCUUCGUCUGCGUGGUGGUAUGCAGAUCUUUGUGAAGACUCUGACCGGAAAGACUAUCACCCUUGAAGUGGAGCCAUCCGACACCAUUGAGAAUGUGAAGGCCAAAAUCCAAGACAAGGAGGGAAUUCCUCCAGAUCAGCAGCGUUUGAUAUUUGCUGGCAAGCAGCUUGAAGAUGGGCGCACUCUUUCUGAUUACAACAUUCAGAAGGAAUCUACCCUCCAUUUGGUCCUCCGUCUCCGUGGUGGAAUGCAGAUCUUUGUGAAGACCCUCACUGGAAAAACCAUCACCUUGGAGGUCGAACCCUCCGAUACCAUCGAGAAUGUGAAGGCUAAAAUCCAGGAUAAGGAAGGAAUCCCCCCAGAUCAGCAGCGAUUGAUCUUUGCCGGAAAACAAUUGGAGGACGGACGCACCCUGUCCGAUUAUAACAUCCAGAAAGAGUCCACUUUGCACUUGGUUCUCCGUCUUCGUGGAGGAAUGCAGAUCUUCGUGAAGACUUUGACCGGAAAGACCAUCACCCUGGAAGUCGAGCCAUCCGACACCAUCGAGAAUGUAAAGGCCAAGAUCCAAGACAAGGAGGGAAUCCCUCCAGAUCAGCAGCGUCUCAUCUUCGCUGGCAAACAACUGGAGGACGGACGCACCCUGUCCGAUUACAACAUCCAGAAGGAGUCUACCCUCCAUUUGGUCCUCCGUCUUCGUGGAGGAAUGCAAAUCUUCGUCAAGACCUUGACUGGCAAGACCAUCACUCUUGAGGUUGAGCCUUCAGACACCAUCGAAAACGUCAAGGCUAAGAUUCAGGAUAAGGAAGGAAUUCCCCCAGACCAGCAGCGAUUGAUCUUCGCCGGAAAACAGCUUGAAGAUGGACGCACUUUGUCCGAUUAUAACAUCCAGAAGGAAUCCACUCUUCACCUGGUUCUCCGUCUUCGCGGUGGUAUGCAGAUCUUCGUAAAGACCCUCACUGGCAAGACCAUCACCCUGGAGGUCGAACCCUCUGACACGAUUGAGAAUGUGAAGGCUAAAAUCCAAGACAAGGAGGGAAUCCCCCCAGAUCAGCAGCGUCUCAUUUUCGCUGGCAAGCAGCUUGAGGAUGGGCGUACUCUUUCUGACUACAACAUUCAGAAGGAAUCUACCCUCCACUUGGUUCUCCGUCUCCGUGGUGGUAUGCAGAUCUUCGUGAAGACUUUGACUGGCAAGACCAUCACCCUGGAGGUUGAGCCAUCGGACACCAUCGAAAACGUAAAGGCCAAGAUCCAGGACAAAGAGGGAAUUCCUCCAGAUCAGCAGCGUCUCAUCUUUGCCGGAAAACAGCUAGAAGAUGGUCGCACCUUGUCCGACUACAACAUCCAGAAGGAGUCCACUUUGCACUUGGUGCUCCGUCUCCGCGGAGGAAUCCAGGCUUAAACUGAAUGCAUUUCCAAAUAAACACAAUUCUUAGCACGCA